AUGAGUCGGUGCCCGGUCCUCAAGCAACCGAAACCAGUAGCUCAGUUGGUUGGCCAGGCUGCCGAUGCACUUGUAGGUUAUCAUAUUCCACAUGCACCCAUCCAGCCAACAAAGAAGGAUUCUAGAAUGGCUCUAAUAUCUACUUCAGGCAAGAACCUAUCAGAUGAGGAAGUGGCAGUAUUUUUGCGGGUGUUGGUUUCUGAUACUUUUGCUUGGGAUGUUAAACGACACAAUGGUUUUGAGUUUAAGGUCCUUUUCCCUACAAAAGGAGAUCUUACGAAGAUGACAAGGUUCAAUGUAGAGAUGAAGGAAGGGGUCACUCUCAAAUUUCAAGAGUUUAAGGAAGAUCAAGAGUAUUUUAGCCAUGCUCUACCAGUGGUUUGGAUGCGAGUCAUCAACCUGCCGACAAUUCUAAGGGAGUACGUCAUUCUGUGGGCACCAGGAACUCUUUUUGGUGUUACCCAGAAUGUGGAUAUGGUGACUACUAGAGCUAGUAACUUUGGGUGGUUUGCAGUGGCAGUGCUAAAACCCGAGGCAAUUCCAACCAAACUAGAUGUCAUCAUUGGUAAUAGGCACUUUCAGUUGAUUUUUAAGGUUGAACCUUAUGUACCUUACAUUGGGUUGCGGAAUAUUUGGAACAUACAAAAUGAUGGGAAUGAGGAUCACGGCAAUGGUGCGACAAAAGACACCAAGAUGAAGGAGGCACAGAAUACUGGGGACACCAAUAUAUCAAAUGCAAAUGUCGGAAAUAUAGUAAAGAACAACAUCACCGGGAAAGAAGAUAAGGUUCCUGAGACGCAGAUGGAUUUUGAUUGGUCAAAUGACGAUUUGUUAGGAGAGGAGCAUGAACUAAAUGAAUCUGCACGCAAUUUUUUAGGAGUAAAAAAAGGAGAUCCGCCGAGUACUGAUGGGAGUUCGGCAAAGGAUGGCCUCUUGGGCAGUGCACAGCAACCCACACUGCCGGUUUGUGCUGCUGCAAGUGAUUUGAAAAAUACAUCUCUUGAACAGUCAUCCACUAUGAAUGAGAAGGAUCAGGUGCAGAUCUCAGUUGGGCAAGUUGAUGGGGCAGCAGAAGGGGCAUUUGCAGAUGGUGCUCAACACCUUGGUGCUCUUCUUGAUGCCAUGUUAGGCGCUGGAGUGACAGCUGAUGGUGAGAAUGAAAUUGAUUCUGAGGAGGAUGAGAUCGAUCUUGACACCUUCACCAUAAGUCGACUCUGUGGCAACUUAACGGAUGAGGUGAUGGACGAUAAUAGUGCGGACCUCGAUGGAGUACUUGUAGAUGUACCCAUCAAGGUGGCAAAAAGCAAAAAAAAAAAGAAACUUCUCAAUAAGAAUGCAGCUGCAAGGAAAAAAUAG